AUGGCGAGAUGGUCUCGUCGCGGCAUGCCGCGACGAGGGGAGGGCGACAGCGUUUCCCCUCGAGUCGGCAAGGUCGACCGACGAGAUGGGCUCUUCUCGUCUCGGCGUAGGGCCUUCUUGACCGUUGCUGGGUCUCUCUCAUCGUCAGGAUCCUUCCGGUUUCGGCGAGGGCUCCUGUCGGGAGUGUUUUCUUCUAAGUUUGACAUCAGCUGUCUUCUUAUAAUCCUAGAACUUCUUUCGAGUUUGAAAGUGAAAAGCGUUCCCAGCCCCACGGUGGGCGCCAAUUGUUAG